CAGCAGAAGCUAAAUAACCGGAAGUCCCCCGCAAGCCCUGAGAAAGCGGGAUGCAGGUUAUGAUUGGUCGAUGCUCCUGUCAGUCUUCGGCCCCUGGUGUGGGCAGAGGGGGCGGCCAUGGAGCUAGGCAGCUGCUUCAAGACCUACGAGGACUUCAAGGAGUGCUUCAGCGCCUACAAAAAGGAGAACAGGUGCUCCUUCAUUCUCAGGAACUGCGUCUCCGUCCGCUUCCACAACCUCAACCAUGGCACCUCAAUCCGCGAGGACAUCCUAUAUGUGCAGGUGAAAUUUGUCUGUAUUCGGACCCAGUCAAACAGGAAGAGAACAGCAGCGGCGGCUAUGUGCCCAGCAUACUUGCUCCUGCAGUACAAUGAGAAACUGGAUAGACUAUUUAUCAGUGAACUCAACACACAGCACAUACACGUUGACUCCAAAACUGCGGGUCCUAGAGGAGACGCCACUGGCAAAUCUCAGAAGAAACUCCAGCCUGCACAGCCCACGAUCAACAAAGACCUUGGCACAGCUGAGAAGUCCCCGGUUGAGCCAUCAUUUUGCUUAGAUAAGGUCCAAACACCCUCAAAGCCAGAGCAGGAGGGCAUCACUCCUUCUGACCUGGCCAAGAUAGCCAAAGUGAUGAAGAACUUUCUUAAGGUGGAUGUGGGUUCCAUGGCCUCCUUCAGUGUGGGCGGCAGCCAAGACCUGGACAGGCUCAGCUUCCAGAGCAGCAAGAUGAGCAACCUCUUCAUCCGCUUCCCUGAGAAUCUCUUGCUGCACCGGGUGGAGAAUGCCCAGGGCCACAUCCUCUACGCUUUCUUGGUGGAGAGCAAGGAACGAGAGGGGCGGGUGGUACACUUUGCAGUGCUCAAGGCCGAGACAGCCACCUCCGUGGCCAAGAUGCUGAGUAUCUUUACAGAGUUCAACUCAGAUUGGCCCAAGGUCAAGGUGGUCUUCGUGGACCCGUCCUUCCCUCAUCGAGCCAUCCUGCAGGAGAUCUUCCCUGCCGCCCGCAUCCUCCUCUCCAUCUAUCACACCACCCGACUCUUGGAGAAGAAGUUGCAUCGUAGUUCAGCAGAUCCAUCCUUUAAAAGGCUCAUGAAGGAAGCCCUGCGGGAGGCCGUGUUUGUCACUUCCGAGGACAGCCUGCAAAAUCUCUGCCAGAUGUCCCAAGCCCUGCUCGACGAGCAGCUCUUCAGCUUCCUUCAGGCCCACUGGUUCUCUUGUGAACUGCUGUGGUACAUGCACGUCAGGAAGGGCCUGCACGCCUGUAACACCUACAUGGACAGCCUGGACGUCGUCACCAGCAAGGUGUCGAGCCUCUUCCGGGAACAGCAGUCCCUGCUGGACUGCAUCCUCCGCUUUGUGGAUUACAUAGACUUCUUCAACACCAAAGGCUUGAAGAACUUGCCCACUGCUCCCCCCAGGUUAAAGAGAGCCCGGUCAGCAAGCAAGGCACCAAAGUCCAAGAAGGCUUCUGGAAUCUGCGGAGGGAGCCUCAGCAGGCUGCCCAUGCAAGAGGCACAGCCAGAGCCACAGCAGGUGCAGGCGCCGCAGCAGCAGCCCCAGGGGCAGCCCUCCCAGGGCGGCAUGCUAGACUCCUUACUCCAGAGUGGCUCCGAUCUGGCCUACAAGCUAUGCCACAAUGAGUGGGCGGUGGCGCAGAACUCCACGCACCUGGUGGGCGUGGCUGGCUGCUCCGUGGACGUGCAGCUGCUAGAGGACUCCCACCAGGCGAGCAAAGACGGUUGCAGCUGCAGCUGCUCCUUUCAACAGCGGUACCGCCUGCCGUGCCGGCACGUUUUGGCCCUGCUGCACACCAGCCAGAGGCCCGUGGGCGAAGCCAUGGUGUGCCGCCGGUGGCAGAAGAGGUACCAGCACCUCCUCGGGCCCAGCGGGGAGCUCCGGGACCCUGUCCUGCUGCCGAACGCAGGCCAGCCAGGGGAGAGAGGACGGAACGACAUGAUUCAGGACCUAAGCAGGGAGCUCGCGAACCUGCUGAUGCAGAGCGAGGGACCAGAGCUGGAGGAGCGCUGUUCCACCUUGCGCAAGAUUGUGGACAUCUGGGCGGCCCCCUGCCAGCCUCCUGAGCUCAGUCAGCAGCCGGGGGACUUCAAGGAUGUGGGCCGCCUCCCUUUCCUCUGGGGAAAGCAGGAGGAAGGGGAGGGACUCGCUCCUCCUGGAGCCACAAUUCACGAAUGAAGCACUUGCACUGGCGCAGUGGGCCACAGACCACUCUCCCUGGGAGUCUGAGAGCUCAAAGCGGGCAGGACAUGCUAGGGGUCAGCGUUUUAACCAGUGUCUUCCUAGGUAGGGUGAGGAAAAUUGUUCCAACAGGAAGAAGAAGAACCCCACUAUGUGACAGUCCUUUGAAUCUACCCCUUUUCUGCCCUACCUUUGAUUUUCCUCGGGAGCCUCAUUCAUUGUUCAAGGCCAAAGUUAUCUCCAUGCUGAAGGGUCGUCCCUCGUUCUCCCUCAACCCCUGAAUUUAGAUCUUAUUCACUACAUAGAGAUGAAACCCUGCCCCAGGUUAGGGUGAGAUAAAACGGACCUGAUAAAAGAGCCUGGUUUCAGGGACAAAAGGAAGGAGGGUCAUCCUUGGCUGUUGCUGCUCUUUACAAAGAAUUUGUUAUUUGUACCUAUUUUUAUUCAUAUUAAAGUUUUUGUUUUGUUUUUGUUUUUUACAUAAAAUCAAAGAAGCAGGGGAAAUGCGUUCUGCCUGAACAGGGAAGGAAUCUGAUGGGGGUUGUGGAACCAAACGGAGCCUGAUGCCUCAGAUUCACUGAGUAGCAAUCAGCCCCUUACUUCACCCUCUUCCUGAAACCGAGCCUUCAACAUUGAUUUCAGGCUGCCUCAUAUUCUAGCAGGAAGAAGCCAGAUAGAUUGGGAGGGAAGAAACCUGGGUCUGAGACUUGACUGCCCUCAACUUGCUGGGAGACUGUGGGCAACUCCCUAAUUUCUUUGACCCCAGUUUCCUCAUCUGUAAAAAUUGGUGUGUUGGCCUGUUCCAAUUCCAAUUUCCCCUCUAGAUUCAAUGCAGUUUUAAGCACCGACACAGGCUUUUGUUGUUGGUAGUUUGCAGUCUUAAUCACCUAAAGCCUGGUAGCCACCCAGCUUUCCAAGAGCCAUCCUCAGGGGAACCGAGGUCAAAUGAUGACCUUAACAGUCACAGCGCUGUGCUGGAGCUCGCCUGCAAAAUACUGGAGGGGGUUGGGCUGGGCAACACCGGAGUUCAGCUCUCUCAGGAUCUGGGUCUCUUUAAUUCCAAGAGUUGGGCCCCUUGACCCCUGUUGGAGAGGCAGAAUUUAAGACCUGGCCCUCAGUUUCCCCAUAAGGCAGAAGACACUGUACCAUUACAUAGGCACCCCUUCCUACCUUCCUGGGGUUUUGUAAUUUGACCAGAAAAAAAAAAUCCGUGAAACACUGCUAUUUAUUUUUUCUUUUUUUGGCUUCGGAGGGAGUUUCCAUAGUAACGCACCCUUCCUGUGCUCUUCCCACACGUGAGGCUCCAAAGUUUCAGCCUCAGUGCUCAGACUCGCCAGGAUGCUAGUGUCUUCAGGCUUUCAUUGGUGGCCGCCAGCCGGGCCCCUCGUAACUCUGGUAACGGCACCCUCCCACGAGUCGUCGGGCUACGGUUGGUCGGAGCGCCAAAGACCGGAAGCGAAUUCCUCAGGCCGUUGGCCAGAGUCACGGCGAAGCUGGCGCCGCGGUUGGUGAGCCCAGAGGUCAGUCAGAGUCAGAGGCAGGGUCAAAUAGGGAGAAAUGGCGACGGGGCCAAGCUGUGGGUGAGUAAUUUCUGAAGGGGUGGAGGUGUGAGGCAGCUGGUGACCGCAGUCACCAUGACACAGCUCCCAAAGGGGUGGGAGGUUGACUUCUCUUCUGGCUCCGGCCAGACUCCGAAUGGGAACGUCAGACAUCCACAUCCUCCCACCCGGGUUAGAGGUGAGAGGUCAGAGGCCACAUCCUCUCUCUGUCUGGUUUGGGAACCUCAGGUACCGUGGAAAGCAGCCAGAAUCCCGAGCCAAAGACUCAGCUUCCAGCUACUUAUAGAGUAAUGGUGGGCACGUCACUUAACCUCUUUGAGCCUCAGUUUCUCAUCUGUAAAAUGGAGAGAGUAACCCGGUUUGGGGGCUAAAUAGAGGAAACAUGUGAACAUAGUAUUGCAGUUAAUAGAGGGAUUUACGUAGAGGGAGAAGAGACUAUGAACAUUUGUUAACCCCGUUUUAUGGUUGAGGGAUUGAGGCUCAGAGAGGUCACUGACUUGCCCAAGAUCACCCAGCAAGUUUGGGGCAAUGGCAGUUCUCUUGUAUAUACCAGGACCAAUGAAAGAAUGGAGGCCAAGAAGUAAUUUGUAAAUAUAAAGUGCAAUACAAAUAUUUAAAAUGCUCUUUAAGGGAAAAAAAAAAAAAAAAAAGGCAGCUCUGGCCUUCACACUCAUUUAAAUCUCAUGGAACCAAAUCUUUCCAUGCUGGCUUCUUAUCAAUUAGCUCUCAGCUCCAAGUCAUCCUCCCACCACCCCCUAGAGAGGACUUCACUGGUUACUUUGGCUGAAGUAUCCUUCCCUCCUCCAGCUUACUAUUACCCUGUUUUGUGGUCUUUGUAAGCUUCAUUAUCUGAUAUAUCCUUGUUUGUUUACAUGUUUAUUGCAUAUCCCCCAGAACAGUGCUGAUACAUAGUAUCAGCAAUAAAAUGUUGUCUGGAUGUGUAGUUGAAGAGCCAAGCCCCUACUGCCUCCUUAAACCUCUGUUCCUCUCCAUAGGCCCAUCUUUGGAGCAAGAUCUGGGAACUACAGUCCGGCCUCAAGCCUCAACUUAGUUGGAGCUUGAGAGAGAGUGAGAGCCUUCCAUACAGCAGCCCCGCAGAGCAGAUA